UCGAAGCUCUCUUCCCUGUAGUAUCUGUCACUAUCCUUUAAAUACAGAAGUUCAGCUCGUUUCUCCAUUCUCAUUCAAAACUUCUUCAGCUUCCAAUUACAUUCAGUGAAUCGAAGAUGUCAGGACGUGGAAAAGGAGGCAAAGGAUUGGGUAAGGGAGGAGCAAAACGACAUCGUAAGGUUCUCCGUGAUAACAUUCAAGGUAUCACAAAGCCAGCUAUUAGGCGUUUGGCUCGUAGAGGAGGAGUGAAGCGUAUAAGUGGUCUUAUCUAUGAGGAGACCCGUGGGGUUCUGAAGAUCUUCUUGGAGAAUGUGAUUCGUGAUGCUGUUACUUAUACUGAGCAUGCUAGGAGGAAGACGGUGACUGCUAUGGAUGUUGUGUAUGCACUCAAGAGGCAAGGAAGGACUCUAUAUGGUUUCGGUGGUUAGGAUUCUUCUUCUCAAGAGAAGACAAAUGUGUGGUGGAAAUUGACGAAUGUGGGUUGCAAUUCAGUGUUGGGGUUUUUGUUUGGUGUAAUUAUGUUAGUGUUAAAUUAAUGAAAUUGCUAUAUCUUUCUCUA